UUAUAUUAGUGCAGAACACUGUACCUUUAAUUUAAAUGCCCUUGGAGUCUGCUGGGGAAAAGAAAUAAUACUGUCAGUCAGUAUGACAUGCAGAUGAGUGCCGUCGAUCUUAGAAUCACCGCACACUUCACUCAUUUGGGCAGUCACGGGGCCAAAACCAGAGUGUGGAGCCACAGUGUGGCGGUGGAGGCAGCAGCAAUGGGAGGCCAUACAGCACCCCAUGACAAAAUGGAACCCACCAGCAGUGUGAGGAGACCUGAAAGUGGCACAUGGCAGAGUGUGGCGAUGGAGACAGCAGCAAUGGGAGGCCGUACAGGGACCCAUGACACACUCUGGACCUGGCAGCAGCAUGAGGAGGCGGUACAGGGGCCCAUGACAGAUUACGGGCCUGGCAGCAGCAUGAGGAGUUGGUACGGGGGCCCAUGGCAGAUUACGGGCCUGGCAGCAGCAUGAGGAGGCGGUACAGGGGCCCAUGGCAGAGUGGCGGAGCGUAAGCAGCUAAAAUUGAAGGCCAUACAGAGGCCUAUGGCAGAGGAUGGAUCUGGCAGCAGUAUGAGAAGGCGGUACAGGGGCCCGUGGCACAGUGUGGUGAUGGGGGCUACAGCAACUGGAUGCCAGAAAGUGGCUGAU